UUUAUUCACUCGCAGACGAGGAACAGAAUCACACACAGAGAGACAAAUUAAAACCCCCAAAUUUCACUCUGUCCGUACGAUGAAAAUGAAAAGGGACGGCGAAGAAGAAGACAAUGAACAACAACAACAACACUUAAUCAAGAAACAGAAAUUAAUCGAAACAACAUCAUCGUCUCAGCUUGCUUUCGACAACGCUCUGCUUCCUCUUUCGACAUACGAUGAUGACGAUGAAGAUGACGACGAUGCUGCUGUUAAUAAUAAUCAUAAUAAUAAAAAUAAUAAUAAUGGUCAAAAUCUAGAGAAUAAUGGUCACCCGGAAGAAGAAGAUGAUGAUGAUGAUGAUGAAGAGGAAUUUAAUCACAAUAGAGGAAGGGGUAAUAGGAUGAUUGAAAUUCGUCGAGAUUGUCCAUAUCUCGAUACCGUUAAUCGACAGGUUUUGGAUUUUGACUUUGAAAAGUUUUGUUCGGUCUCUCUAUCAAAUUUAAAUGUGUAUGCAUGUUUGGUAUGUGGUAAGUAUUUCCAAGGAAGAGGGCAGAAGUCACAUGCAUAUACUCACAGCCUUGAAGCAGGACACCAUGUCUACAUCAAUCUUAGGACAGAAAGAGUUUAUUGUCUGCCUGAUGGUUAUGAAAUCAAUGAUCCUUCACUCGAUGAUAUUCGACAUGUUUUGAAUCCAAGGUUUAGCAGAGACCAAGUUUUGCAACUUGAUAAAAAUAGACAAUGGUCAAGGGCGCUUGAUGGGUCCGAUUAUCUUCCUGGAAUGGUGGGGCUUAAUAACAUUAAGGAGACUGAUUUUGUUAACGUCACCAUUCAAUCUUUAAUGCGGGUGACUCCUUUGAGAAACUUCUUUCUCAUCCCUGAAAAUUACAUGCACAGCAAGUCUGUUCUUGUGCAACGUUUUGGUGAGCUCACAAGGAAGAUAUGGCAUGCAAGGAACUUCAAAGGACAGGUGAGUCCUCAUGAAUUUUUGCAAGCGGUUAUGAAAGCUAGUAAAAAACGAUUCCGCAUAGGUGCACAGUCUGAUCCAGUUGAAUUCAUAUCAUGGCUUCUAAAUACCCUGCAUGCAGACCUUAGAAGUUCGAAGACUAGGAGUAGCAUUAUUCAUCAGUGUUUUCAGGGGGAAUUAGAAGUUGUGAAAGAGACUAAUGCAAAUGACGGUGCUGAGACCAGUAGGAUGCCAUUCUUGAUGCUUGGACUAGAUUUACCGCCGCCGCCACUUUUUAAAGACGUGAUGGAGAAAAACAUAAUUCCCCAGGUUCCACUUUUUAACAUACUGAAGAAGUUUGAUGGGGAUUUAGUUACUGAAGUUGUGCGCCCUCAUAUAGCCAGGAUGAAAUAUCGUGUUACAAGACUUCCACAGUAUCUUAUUCUUCACAUGCGCCGCUUCACAAAGAAUAAUUUCUUCGUGGAGAAAAAUCCAACCCUUGUUAACUUUCCUGUGAAGAAUCUGGAGCUGAAGGAUUACAUACCACUACCUACACCAGCUAAAGAGGAAGAAAGAGUGCGUUCCAAGUAUGAUUUGAUUGCAAAUAUUGUUCAUGAUGGCAAACCAGGUGAAGGAUCAUAUAGGGUGUUUGUUCAGCGCAAGUCAGAAGAGCUCUGGUAUGAGAUGCAAGAUCUCCAUGUUGCAGAAACACUUCCACAGAUGGUUGCACUUUCCGAGACAUACAUGCAGAUAUAUGAGCAGCAGCAGUUGGGAUGAUCAUUUGGUACCAACUUGUUUGUUUGUUAGGUAAGAGCUCAUGUGAUGUAACUUUGUAAGAUGAUGUGAAAGAGAUCACCCCAUGAUUUUUGUAGCCUAAGAUUUUACGUUUAUAAUCUGACUAGAAUCAACGACAUUUGCGUUGUAGCACCAUGAUGCGUGAAUCAAGUGGAUAAUUUUAUUUACACUAUAUUUUUCAGGUUUUUUCAGAUUUUUCAAA